AUGCAGACAGUUAUGGAUUUCGACAUUGAAGAAAUUUUAUCGGAUUUCGAUGAGGAAGAUUUUCAACAAAUAUUGACAAUUUAUAUUAACUUACAAAAUAAUGGGUUCCUUAAAAAGAAACCUCGUUUGCAAAGAAUUUCAAAGUUAACAGGUCAUCAAUAUGUCCUUGAAUUGCUUAACGGUCAUCCGAUGACAUGUUAUGUUAUGCUUCGAAUGAAUCCUGAGAUCUUUAUUAGCUUGUGUGAAGAAUUGAAAAAAAGGGAAAAGUUGAAAGAUUCCAAAUUUAUAUCAAUUCAAGAACAGGUUGCAAUGUUUCUUCUUAUUAUUUCUCAUAAUUCGAGGCACAGACUUAUAGCGGAUAGAUUUCAACAUUCCUUAGAAUCUACUCGCCGCCACUUUCGAAAGGUUUUGUAUGCCAUCGCAUCAUUAUCGAAGCAUUGGAUUGUUCCUCCGGCAUUUGACGAAACACCUCCAGAAAUAAAAAAUAACCCAAGAUACUAUCCGAUUUUCAAGAAUUGCAUAGGAGCUAUUGAUGGAACUCAUGUAUCAGCACGUGUGCCACAAGAUGAUCAAAUUCCCUAUCGUGGAAAAGAAAAAAAAGCCUACGAUGAAUGUUCGGCAAAUGAUUCAAGAAUUUUUUGGGAAACAAUUACAAAUGUAGAAGAGACCAAGUUUCCUAUGCCUCCUCCUAGAAAGUAUUAUCUUGUAGACUCAAGCUAUACAAAUAUGCCAGGAUUUCUUUCACUGUAUCGUGGAGAACGAUAUCAUUUGCGUGAUUAUAGAGGAGCAACGAGCCCACAAGGUCCUGGGGAAAUAUUUAAUUAUACACAUUCUUCAUUGCGAAAUGUUAUUGAAAGAUGUUUUGGGGUAUUAAAAGCUAGAUUUCCCAUUCUCAGAGAUAUGCCUUCAUAUGACUUAAAACGACAAAAAUAUAUAAUUUUGUUGUGCUGUGUUAUCCACAAUUUCAUAAAAAUGUGCAAGGAUGGAGAUCCUUUGUUCAUACAGUAUGCGGAUGAAAAUGUCGAACUAGAAGAUGAUGCAAUCAACAACAAUGGAUCCGAGGACGUAGAGACUCCUUCUGUAAGUCAACAAGAACUUCAAAGAAUGGCUCAAUUUCGCGAUUGUUUGGCAACAAGAUUGUGGGAAAGACAAAAUUCAUAA